AUGGAGUCUCUCCAGCAGCUCAUUAUUGACACUUUGGAGCGAGAUGGUAAAAUAGCUGACACUCGUGCUGUCAAACUUCCUCCAGCAUUACACAAGGAUGACGUUCAAGAGGCCCAGAUGGUUAUCCAAGGAACUUUGAAUUCGUUGCUCAUCGUGAGCUCGAGUAUGGAGCGCUUUGCCAAAAAAGGGUCAGGACCUGCGCUCUCCAUACCCGAGUUGAAAAAGAUAGUUGGAGAUGAGUCAGCUAAGAUUGGCCAGGGGCGUGCAUUCAAAAGUGGUUGGAUCGGAAAAGAGGGUGAUGGUCUCGUCAAGUUGGAAAUACAAUCUACUGGUACGCUUGCCGCAGGCGAUAAAUCCAUCAACGAAUUAAAGAAGCGUAAGCUUGUUGUGCAACGGUCUUUGGUUCACGGUGACCAAGGGAAGCAACUUUGCACCUCUAUCGCGAAGCCCGAGACAGAUCUCACGUACGAUAUGCUCCAAACGGGCGUGUGGAAGAAUUCUACCUUCAAACAAUACAACUUUGAGGCCGAGGGUACGCCAACUGGCGGGGGCGCUCUCCACCCACUACUCAAAGUCCGCGAAGAAUUCCGCAACAUUUUCUUUGAAAUGGGACCCAGCCGAGUCUCAUCCCCCUCCGAAAGACUACGAGAUGUUGCACGUACUCAAGCAUGGGGAUUUGGAAGUAUCGGGUAUCGCGCACCAUGGCGAGAGGCAGACUCCCGCCGCUUACUUUUGCGUACACAUACGACUGCCACGAGCGCACGUAUGCUCAAGGCAGUAGCCGACAGGGAAGGUGGAUUCAAACCGAUUAAAAUGUUCAGCAUCGACAGAGUUUUCCGAAAUGAGGCGGUGGACGCAACUCACCUUGCAGAGUUCCAUCAGGUGGAAGGUCUGGUGGCUGAUAGGGGAAUCACACUUGGAGAUCUGAUUGGCUUUAUGCAAACAUUCUUCAAGAAGAUGGGUGUAGAUAACCUGCGCUUCAAACCUGCAUAUAAUCCAUACACAGAGCCGUCUCUGGAGAUUUUCGCCUUCCAUAAAGGGCAAUCGCUGGGUCGAGAUCGGCAACAGUGGGAUGUUCCGCCCGGAAAUGCUGGAGCCAAUGGGUCUGCCUCCAGAUGUGCGCGUCUUAGGUUGGGGUCUGAGCUUAGAGCGGCCUACAAUGAUUCGUUGACAGCUAUGGCAUUUCCAACAUCCGAGCGUUGGUGGGACACAAGGUGUCUAUCGAAAGUGUCGAAAGAUCUGCUGCAGUUCGGUUUUAAUUAG